UCUACCCGUGACCCGCCAAGGUGAUUCGUGACCUUGCGGCGUUGAAACUUCAGUGCGUCGCGUCGAGGGAAGGAUCAAAGCCCAACUCUCUCUCCUUCAUCUUCUUGUGCCGCAAUCCGCGAGAUCGUGUUUUGGCUUCGUGGAAGCCCCAGCAGUUCCAGAUCACCUAAUCAGGCUGGUCGAGAAUUUUCUGUAUCAAAUGGAGGAACAAUCUUUUCUGGAUAGAAUGAUCAGCAAUCUUCGUGCGUCAUGCAAGUAUUAUACAGGGUAUCCAAAAGAUUUAGGUCCUUCAAGGGUGAUUCCUUUUACUUCAGAGCGUGAAUUUAUGCAGCUUCUUCAUGAAGGUUACCCUGUGGUUGUUGCUUUUACCAUCAGAUGUAAUCUUACAAAACAUCUUGACAAAGUAAUUGAGGAAGCUGCUGCUGAAUGUUACCCACAUGUGAAAUUUAUGCGUGUGGAGUGUCCAAAAUAUCCAGGAUUCUGUCUGACACGACAGAAAAAGGAAUAUCCAUUUAUUGAAGUAUUUCAUACGCCGGAACAAGCAGCUAAUCAAGGCAGGGUCGUUGAUCCAAAUGUUACAAAAUACUCUGUGAAGGUUCUACCAUUCAACUACGACUUGAGCGCAUAUGGCUUUAGGGAGUUCUUCAAGCGCCAUGGAAUACAGUCAUCAGAACCCAAGUAAAGAAGGACAAAUUAGUACUGUGCUUGUUUUUGCGAUGCAGAUGAUAUAGGUCCGUUGUCAUAGACAUGCUUCUUAAACUACGUAAGUUUCCAGUAAACUUUUUUCUUGGGCAGCAACUUACUCAACGGGAAGAGUAGGGAGUUAAUUGCUUUGUCUCUGUGAUUGGAGGAAAGUGAUCAAUGGGGAGAAAUAGCUUUCUUCAAGUGAUGCAAAGAUUGAUUGAAAGGCAUGAAUAGGUUGUCUACUUUUGUGCUUCUGCAGUUGGUACUACUGCUAUUCGUUAAGUAGCUUUAGGUGGAAACUUUGAUGGUCUUUUGCUACUUGUUUUUGGCUCUUGUUGAUCUUUGUAUAAACAAUGGCAUAUUCAGUUCCCAUUUCAGGCUCUCUUCAACUUGGCAAAAAAAUUUCUUUUUGUCCAUCUUCUUAUACAGAACAUUCUUGUUAUUGAGUAGGAUUUGCCACAGAAUAACACAAAAGUACUGUAAAGUA